CGGCCGCGGGGGAUUGUGGGCCGGCAGCAGGAAGACGGAGGAGUCCAGAGGAGGAGGAGGAGGGAGGCUGUUGCUGAUGUAAGCCGACACUCCGGCGAGAUGCUGCAGAAUUCCCCGGGCUUUCUCUGGACGCUGGUGGGAGCAGAACCGCUGGGGAGCAGGAUCCUGGAGCUCGAGGAGGUUCUGCUUUCUCCAUCUGAGUCCUCAGGAGCUGCAGAAUUCCCAUCGGAGGGAGAGGUAACCCCCCAGAGGAAGACAGCUGCCUGCAUUUCCCACCACCAGCAGCUGAUGGCUGACAACACUGGGGCUCCCGUCUCUCCCUCAGACAAGGGGGCGACUGCUGCCAGACGGGGAGACGCUCCUUCAGACGAGGAGGAGACGGCUGUCAGACAGGGAGACACUCCCUCAGACGACGAGUUGACGGCUUUCAGACGGGGAGACGCUCCCUCAGAUGAGGAGGAGACUGCUGCCAGACGGGCGGACGCUCCCUCAGACGAGGAGGAGACUGCUGCCGGACGGGGAGACGCUCCCUCAGACGACGAGGAGACGGCUUUCAGACGGGGAGACGCUCCCUCAGACAAUGAGGAGACGACUGUCAGACGGGGAGACGCUCCCUCAGACGACGAGGAGACGACUGUCAGACGGGGAGACGCUCCCUCAGACGACGAGGAGAUGACUGUCAGACGGGGAGACACUCCUUCAGACGAGGCAGAUCAGACGGAUCUCAGACCAGGAGUCUCUGUCUCAGACGAGGAUGACGAGACUGUUUUCAGACGGGGAGACGCUCUCUCGGACGAGGACUACGAGACGGGCCUCAGACAGGGAGACGCUCCCUCGGACGAGGACGAGGAGACGGGUCUCAGACGGGGAGAUGCUCCCUCAGACGAGGACGAGGAGACGGGUCUCAGACGGGGAGACGCUCUCUCAGACGAGGACGACGAGACGGGUCUCAGACAGGGAGACGCCGCCUCGGACGAGGAGGAUGAGAUGGGUUUCAGACGGGGAGACGCUCUCUCAGACGAGGACGACGAGACGGGUCUCAGACGGGGAGACGCCGCCUUGGACGAGGAGGAGCGAGGACGUUUGGCCUUCGUGUCCAGCCCGGGCGGCUUCAUCGGGCCCUCGGGCUUGCUGGAGCCUCGGUACACGCCGGCGGCUGGCUGUUCCUCUGCGGGAGGCGGCGCGGGGAAGCCCUUCCGCUGCACGGUCUGCGACAAGGCCUUCUCGCGGUCCAACGCCCUGCUGGUCCACCAGCGGGUGCACACGGGCGAGAGGCCCUACUCCUGCCCCGUCUGCUCCAAGCGCUUCUCCCAGUCCUCCUCCCUCAUCCAGCACCAGCGCAUCCACACCGGCGCCAAGCCCUACCGCUGCGGGGUCUGUGAUCGCCGCUUCCGCUUCUCCUCCGACCUGUCCAGCCACCGCCGCACCCACACCGGGGAGAAGCCCUACCGCUGCGGGGUCUGCGACAAGAGCUUCCGCCUGCCCUCCCACCUGUCCAGCCACCUGCGUACCCACACCGGCGAGAAGCCCUUCCUCUGCAGCCUCUGCGGCAAGAGCUUCGGCAUCUCCGCCAAGCUGGUGCAGCACUGGAGGAUCCACUCGGGCGAGAGACCCUUCAAGUGCUCCUUCUGCCACAAGAGCUUCAUCCAGUCCUACUCGCUGGUCUACCACGAGCGGGUCCACACCGGAGAGCGGCCCUACCACUGUGGGAUCUGCUCCAAGAGCUUCACCCUGGCCUCCCUGCUGAAGACCCACCAGCGGGUGCACAGCGGCGAGCGGCCCUACCGCUGCACCGUCUGCGGCCGGGAGUUCGCCACCUCCUCCAACCUCAAGUCCCACCAGCGGGUCCACACGGGUGAGAAGCCCUACGCCUGCGGGGUGUGCGGCCGCCGCUUCACCAAGUCCUCGCACGUCAAGAAGCACCAGAGGGUCCACGGGGCCGGCCAGCAGGAGGGGGAGAUGGUGGUCGUGACUGACCACUGCCCCAGCCGGGCCAUCGACUUCAACGCCUGAGAAUCCCCC